UUUUCGCUCGACACUUCGGAACGACGGCAGAGAGAGAGAGAGAAUGGCGUCGUCGUCGUCGUCGUCGUCGGAGGGGGAGGGCCGGCGAGCGUGGGUCCCUCUCGCCUCCCGGCCGGAGUUCGCCGGCGUGACGCCGCUGCCGCAGGACGACGGCCCGAGCCCGGUGGUCGCGAUCGCGUACCGGGACGAUUUCCGGGAGACCAUGGACUACUUCCGAUCCCUCUACAGCUCCCGGGAGCUCUCCCCUCGCUCUCUCCUCCUCACCUCCCUCGCCAUCUCCGUCAACCCCGCCAAUUACACCGUGUGGCAUUUCAGGCGUCAAGUGCUGGAGGCGCUCGGUGCCGACUUGACCGAGGAGCUCGAAUUUACUGAAGGCGUGGCCAAGAGGAAUGCCAAAAACUACCAGCUUUGGCAUCAUCGGCGUUGGGUUGCUGAGAAGUUGGGACCUGAUGCUGCAUCUAGGGAACUUGAGUUCACAAGGAAGAUAUUCUGCCUGGAUGCUAAAAAUUAUCAUGCCUGGUCUCAUAGGCAGUGGGUUCUUCAAGCUCUAGGCGGUUGGGAGGAUGAACUUGACUAUUGUGCGCAGCUCCUUAAGGAAGACGUGUUUAACCAUUCUGCUUGGAAUCAGAGGUACUUCGUCAUCACAAAAUCUCCUUCCCUUGGAGGUCUAAAUGCUAUGAGAGAUUCUGAAGUUGAUUAUGCUAUUGAAGCUAUCCAUGCAAAUCCGGAGAAUGAGAGCCCAUGGAGGUACCUUCGUGGCCUUUACAAUGACGAAAAUGAAGCUUGGCUAAAUGAUUCUCGAGUGCAUUCAGCAUGUCUGCAUGUUCUGAAAGCCAAAAGAAACUUCAAAUUUGCUUUGAGUACACUUUUGGAUCUGCUUGGCCUCGGCUUCAAACCUAACCAAGAAAUAAAGGAUGCAAUAACAUCUUUGAGGACUUCAGAUUCGGGUGAAGCAGGUUCAGACUCAGAUCUGGCAAAUUCAGUUUGUUCUAUCUUGGGACGUGAAGAUCCAAUGAGAGCCAAUUAUUGGACAUGGCGAAGCAGCAAGCUUCCUCAAGCAGCUGAAGUCUGAUAUCCAAUACGAGCAGGCUUUUUCAUAAGCUAUUGACUUAUGUCUUGUAUUUUACUCUGAAUCCGCUUUUAGAAGGUGAUAGGAUUCAGUAUGAGCACCUAUCCACCAGUAACAUGGCAGGCAUGUUUUAAGGGUUUGUUGAUUCAAUUCUACUUCAUGUAUCAGGUGCCUCUAUGCCGUGAGGAGUCUUUCCUAAGUUGAACCACUUGCUUGUUAUGGACUCUAUUGAUGUAAUGGCAGCAUGAUUCGAUCGACAAAAUUAUUCUUGUCCCG